AUGACUACACAUACUUCCGACUUAAAGAAUAGUUGUGGACCGAUUCCGAUAACAGCCUCAAGGAUAGAGAGUUACCAAGAGAAGCCCGAAAUCGUUGUGCCGGCGCCUGCCAUGCGAUAUGUUUCGUGGAGGAAAGAAGCCUGGUUCUUAUUCGAAGGAAUACGACUGGGUAUACUAGUCCGGCCUAAUCGAGCCGAUCAGAUCACUAUUCUAGGAGCGACUCUUCAACUGCUUUUGCAUUUACUUGGUUUUGGCGGGAUCUAUCUCUUCUUCUUUUCCUGCUAUGGUUCAACACCCGAGCACUUGCGAACGAAUUGGACACUAGCGAGACAGGUCGAAGGACUGGCAGUAGAGUACUUUUUCCGUUGGAUCUACACUUAUGCGACUGCUAUUUUCGUUUAUAUGGGAACAUUUGACCGCAGCUUCCUUUAUCUUACGUACUUGAUUGUUUUGUCGCAGUUUUGGGUUUUCAUUGGAUGCAUGCUUUAUGGUUUGUUCUUCCAACUGACUGAGAGUCUUUUUAGUAAGCAGUUGGGCCUGCUUAUCUUCUUAUCGCUUAUCUCGGUUUAUUUUACCCAAAAGAAUCUGAUUGCCAAGUCGGCUAAUUAUGGAGUCAAGAAGUCAACCCUUUAUUUAUUUGUGGUGAUAAGCAUCCAAACUCUUUUGGUUUAUGCCAAUUGUGCUCUCUUUCCUAGAAUGGUGCUUUUUAAACAGGGGCCAUAA